CGAGAGGUUGGUAUUGAUUUAAACACAUGGAGCAGCAAUACUACAGAUCAUUCAUUCACAACACUCGAUGAUAAUGUGUCUCGUUUUAGUUGUGAUUGGAAUAUAGAUAAGAACAUCACACACUGAUGUAACCAGACGGUUAAUUACUCGGCAGCCAUGAAUUUAUCUGACAUUCAAUUUUUUAACACAAUCAACUUUUCACUGGAACAGUACCUGCAAGUAACAGCAGAUCUCCAGUCAGAAUCCUGGUUUGAAGACACAACACAAGGGAUAUUCAUUAUGAUAUUCAGUCUAUUAGUGGUCGUUGGAUUUACCGGAAAUCUAUUAAUGUGUUGCGUGAUCAUACGGAAACACGUCAAGUCUCGACAGAAUUUGUUCAUUUUGAAUUUAGCCGUUUCCGAUAUCUUUACAUGUGUUUUUAGUAUUCCAUUUACUGCAGUUAGACUUUUAACGAAAAACUGGCCUUUGGGAGACAUUAUGUGUAAACUUGUUCCGACACUUCAGGCUGUGUAUGUAUUCGUAUCAACAUUUACAGUUUUAGGAAUUGCAAUUGACAGAUAUUAUGCUAUCGUCCAGUGCACAAGUAGGUCGUCCAAAAAAUCUAACUUGAUUUAUGCUUUUCCUACACUGUGGAUGAUAUCCUUUGCCUUAGCUCUGCCAAUGUUUAUUUCCCAUGGCGUUGAAACAGUAGAAGUCAUUCCAGAUCAUCAAGUACAUUUACAUUUUUGUAUGGAAAAUUGGAGGUCACAAUCAUUUAGACAGUUUUAUGCUGUUUUGAUAUUAAUAAUACAGUUUGGGUUGCCAUUGAUAGUUGUUGGAGGUCUUCAUAUUCUUAUUUGUAAAUUUAUGUGUUUGAGACUAAGACUGCAACCGGCUUGUUUUAGCAACAGUCAACGAAAACAACCAAGAAGUGUAAUGCGUCAUAGAAAAAACGUUAUUCUUUUAACUGCAGCCUCCUUGUCAUUUGUUGUCACGUGGCUGCCAUGGGCUAUAAUAAACCUACUUGCAGAUGUGAAUUAUAAGAUUUUUGAAGGUGUUGAUUUCCUGUUAUUACAUACAAUAACGCAUGCAUUUGCAAUGUUGUCAGUGUGUAUAAACCCUUUAGUAUAUGGUUGGUUCAACACAGCUAUUCGACGCGGGAUCGAGAUAAUGAUAUUCCAGAAGAACUAUGGCCUUGAACAGUCGACAAGAUUUACAACAGUUGGAACAGACAGAAAAUCAUCAAAAGUAUGA